GACAAAAAAAUUAAACGAUAAAUAUCAUAGGUACUAUAUAUUAGGCUUAUAAAUCCUUGGGAUCGUGGUCUCUGAUUGCUGUCAUAUGAAAAAAAUUGUCCCGGACAGGACACAAUGAAUUGUCUUCCGUUGAUAAUAUUUGUGGUUGUAUUCUGCACUGACCUUUCCUUGUCAGAAAACAACUGUGGAAAUCGUGAAAUAAAAUGUAAAGAUAACGUGCAAUGUAUUCCGAAGAAAGGACUAUGUAAUGGAAAUGUCCAAUGUGACGAUCAAUCUGACGAAAAUCCUGAAUUCUGCAGAGAUUUCAACUGUUCAUAUUGGUCUGUAAAAUGUAACAAUAACGUAGAAUGUGUACAUCGACAUAAUCUAUGCGAUGGUUACAAUCAGUGUAACGAUGAAUCUGAUGAAGAUCCCGAAAUGUGCAAAGAUUUCCAGUGUCGAAGUGGUUUUAUGAAAUGUAGAAACAACUUGCAAUGUUUUCGCACAAGGUUUCUUUGUGGUUACACCGAUUAUGCCACCUGUCACGAUCGGUCCGAUAUUGAUCCAAAGUUUUGUAGAGAAAACGCACCCGAAUGUCCGAAAGGGUGGGAAAGAUGUAAAGAUGGAAUAAACUGUAUUAAUCCAAUAUACCGAUGUAAUGGUAUUAGUGAAUGUCCAGACCAGUCAGAUGAAGACGAAACUAUGUGUGCGGAGAAACAAUGUGGUCCUUUGGAGGGGAAAUGUAAAAAUGGAUUGCAAUGCAUUCCUAAAUCUGCACUGUGUGACACUUUCAAAGAUUGUUUCGACGGUUCUGAUGAAGAUAACUGCAAAGAAAAGAAAUGUCCUGGGUCUUUUAUGGUAGCAUGUAAAAAUGGAUUACGCUGUAUUCCUGAAUCGUAUCUGUGUGACAAGUUCUCAGAUUGUAGCGACGGAUCUGAUGAAGAUGAAGAUAGCUGCAGGGUGAAAAAAUGUGGUUCCUUGGAAGUGGAAUGUAAAAAUGGAUUACAAUGCAUUCCUAAAUCUGCUCUAUGUGACGUUUCUCGAGAUUGUGUUGACGGAUCCGAUGAAGAUAACUGCAAGGAAAAGAAAUGUCCCAAUUCUUUGCUGGUAGCAUGUAAACAUGGGUUACGAUGCAUUCCCCAAUCAGAUCUGUGUAACAAUGUCACAGAUUGUAGCGACGGAUCUGAUGAAGAUGAAGAUAGAUGCAAGGAUAAAAGCAGAUCUGAAAUUUCAUGGUUCUUCGCGUGGAUGAAGGAACAAGGAAUAAACAUGUAUGACCAUAUUGACAUUCCCAACUAUGAAUGAUAUUUUCGAUAAUGUUUAAAUUGUAUAUCUGUAUUUCUGAACAUUGCACACAAGAUAAACAUAAAUCAAUAAAAUAUUAGCACAU